AUGGCUGAGGCUCCAGAUUUGGUGUUUUUUGAUCUAAGAACGGUCCACGAUAAUUUUGACCGAGCUUUGAUAGAAGAUGAUGAUGUUAACAUCAAAGCGUACCUCGAAGCUUACAAUGAGCUUUAUAAAUUCUUUCAAUUAAUGGGAAGCGUCUUUAGCUUCGUCUCGUCGGACUUGAAGCAGAAAAUAGACGUGCUUAAUGACCUGGUGAUUAAAAACGAUAAUUAUCAAUCGAUAAAGUCGAUGAUUGAUUAUGAAAAGGAGAAUAAAUUACUUGAAAAAAGUGACUAUACUAAUGGCGCGAGGACGUUGCUAAGAUUACACCGUGGACUUGAUUUUAUACGAGAAUUUUUAAGGCAAUUAGGAGAAUUAAAAGAAACUGAUAAAACAAGUAAUUGUUGUCAGGAUGCUUAUCAAAAAACAUUAUCUAAGCAUCAUCCCUGGGUGAUUAGGAAAGCUGCUGUUGUUGCCAUGUACACUAUGCCUACCAGAGAAGUAUUAUUUAAAAAGGUUUGUGGCGAAAACGUUCAACGUAAUAUCGAUAUUCUGCCAAAAAUGUUGGAAGUAACUGCCGACAUAUUUAACCGAACUCACAAUCUCUACGAACUCCACAAUUUGCAUACUUUACCCUAA